CCUCUUCUGUUCUAUCGUGAAGAGAAAAGAGUCAAAAAAUUGUCGUUGCCCAGCGCCGUUCUCCUUUUUCUUUGCUUUGGGCUCGUUUUUGUUAUCUUACAUUCUAGGUUGCGUUGCUGGCCUUAUUUUCCUCGACGUACCCUCUUUUGUCUCGUCCCAGUGCAGGCUUUGCCUAGAACUCGAGAUGUAUCACCGUCCGCUACCAACAGUUCGUUCCCCUUCGCCAUACGGCCAGUCAGGCUCGGUGCAGCACUCAGGUCCAAGGCUGACUCCGUUGCUACCAUCCGCGGGAAUGUCCUAUCCAAGCAAGGGAUCUCUGCCCGUCAAUGCCACCUCUUUUUCUGGCUCAUCCCAGGCUGAAUCCACGAGUGGACCAACCGUGUUCGGGAUGCCUUUGAAAUACGUAUCAUUGGUGACUCUUGCCGUGCAAAACGCUGCACUGUCCAUUGUGAUGCAUUAUUCGCGCGUAUCAACACCGCCUGCUCUCUCAUAUUCACCCGCUUCCGCCGUUCUCCUCAAUGAGCUACUCAAGGGCUCUAUAUCAUUCAUCAUAGCUCUUGCACGAGUGAGAGACCCUUCAGAGACUCCUUGGCGCCGCCGGUCAAUGUGGAACUUCCUUUGCUCCUGGCCGUACCCUUGGACGCCCGCAUUUUGGUCAUUAUGUGGAGAAAUCUUUAGUCCAGACUGCUGGAAACUGUCCAUUCCUGCCAUUCUAUAUGUGGUCCAGAAUUCUCUCCAAUUUGUCGCCAUAAGCAAUCUUCCCGUGGCAUCUUUCCAAGUGACGUACCAGAUGAAAAUCCUAACGACAGCGGCUUUUUCAGUUGCGCUUCUGCGAAAGAAGCUGAGCACGACAAAAUGGCUCUCCCUCUUUUUCUUGGCAAUUGGGGUGGGCAUUGUCCAGAUACAAACUGCCUCCGUUGGUCACGCCGCGCCGAAAAACACACCCGUAGGAAGUGCACACGAUUCGGCUCCUCUCCAUAUACAUGUUAUGAGUCCACUUAAGGGCUUUGGCGCUGUAACGGCAGCAUGUUUCACGUCAGGGCUUGCCGGUGUGUAUUUCGAGAUGGUCCUCAAAAACUCCAAAGCGGACCUCUGGGUGCGCAAUGUCCAAUUGUCACUCUUCUCCCUCAUUCCGGCUCUUCUACCCGUCCUGUACAAGACUUCUCCCUCGAAUUCCCAGGGAUUUACGUCUGAUUUGCUGCGUAACUUUGGAGGUUGGGCGUGGGCUACGGUCGCGAUUCAAGUAUUUGGAGGCCUGAUCACGGCUCUUGUUAUCAAAUACUCGGACAAUAUACUGAAGGGCUUUGCAACAAGUCUUUCAAUCGUCUUAUCGUUCCUGGCCUCUGUUGCGUUAUUUGAAUUUCGCAUCACGCCAUCUUUUAUUAUCGGCGCUUCGACGGUUCUUUGCGCAACAUGGAUGUACAACCAACCCGCCGAUCGUGAGCCUUUGUCUAUCGUUCUGACGAGCCAAUCAGGGAAAACCGUUCCAUUUCCCGGGACACCUGUAGCUUCGGACGAGCCUAUAUUAGGCCAGUUUCCUCUCAAGAAGAAGACCUCACCAUUUGGCAGUCCGCGUCUCAUUGCUAGCGCAUUUGGUCUAAGCAGUGGGGCCGAUGCCGCAGCUAUUGGACGGACGGAUGGAUUUUCAGACACUCUGGAUACAACAAGGUACAAUCAAGCACCUUACGGUUCCCCGUACCCCUCUCGACCCCCAUCCCGUGAUAGGUCGCGACCAUCAACGCCUAUCGCCAGAACUUCAUCCAAUUCCCUGCUACCCGAGGGUGGACUGUCAUAACACUGGUGGUUCAAUAUAACAUUCUGAUAUGACGAUAACUCGACCGUUUGUUGCCGAGGAUGAUAGACGAGCAAAACGACAUAUUGACAAGGAAUAUCAUGCCAGCCCUUUCCACCUCUUCGGUCUUUAUCUAUUCACAUUGACUUUCUUCCUCAUUUGCCACGAAUUUUCUAUACCCCUCAACUUAUUACUUUUAGACCGAUCAACGACGUAGCAUUGAAAGGAACUAUAGUACCCAUCUAUUCAUCCCCGUACAUAAUGAUCCACCUAUUGUCCCCCGUCU